AUGGGCAACCGUAAGAAAACCGGCCUUCUAGCCGUCUUGGCAUCUGCUGCUUCGGUUACUGCUCACGGUCACGUCACCAACAUCGUCGUCAACGGCGUCUCAUAUCGCAACUACAUCCCCGUCCAGGACCCAUACAUAAACAACCCUCCCCUUGUGGCCGGCUGGACGAUAGACCAGCGCGACAACGGCUUUGUCGCACCUGACGCGUACAAUGCCCCGGAUAUCAUCUGCCACAGACAAGCAGUGCCGGGCAAGGGCCGAAUCACAGUUGCUGCCGGCGAUACUGUGCAGCUACAAUGGACGGAGUGGCCUGAUAGUCACAAAGGCCCCGUCAUGGACUUCCUGGCAAACUGCAACGGACCUUGCAACGCUGUCGACAAGACAGCACUCAAGUUCUUCAAGAUUGACGGCGCUGGCCUGAUUAACCCCCCGCAACAAACAAACCAGUGGGCGGCAACAGUGCUGAUCAAUAACGGCAAUGCGUGGUCCGUCCGUAUCCCGCCCAAUGUUGCCCCAGGUCACUACGUCCUUCGCCACGAUAUCAUUGCCCUCCACAGUGCCGGUCAGCAGAAUGGAGCGCAGAGUUAUCCCCAGUGCGUCAACCUGGAGAUCACCGGCUCUGGGACGGAUAACCCGGCUGGCACACCGGGAACCGCUCUCUAUGGAGCCAACGACCCCGGCAUCCUGUACAACAUCUACCGGGACAACCUCAACGACUAUGUCAUUCCUGGUGGUGCCAUCAUCCCCGGCGGGGUUUCCAUGCUCCCACAGUCGAGGAUCCAGAUCACUGCCUCGGGCAGCGCUACCCCUUACGGCACAACGAUCCGUGCAAGUUCAACUAUCACAGCCUCCGCCAGUGUCCCAACUUCGAGUUCUGUUGUUCCUAGCAGAUCAUCAAGUACAAUCAGCUUCGGCAACUCGACUUCGGAUACUGUCACUCUCAUCACCACUUCCACUACUGCUGCGACAACAACAAUCACACUUACUCGUACAAGUUCGACCUCGACCUCCAGCUCGAGCUCAAGCAGUAGCACCAGCACCAGCAACAACUCUCCAAUCAGCACUACAAGAACAACGUCUCAGACGCCGUCACCCACGACCUUUCAGACCAUGACCACGACGGCACCUCCCGCCGGAGGACCGAUUCAGAACCUGUACGGCCAGUGCGGUGGCUCAAACUACGCCGGUCCGACCCGGUGCCCAGACUACGCGUCUUGCGCUACUGUCAACCCGUAUUACGCGCAAUGCACCCCGGGUCCUGUACCGGCGGGUGCUCAGUCUCUGUACGGACAGUGCGGCGGCAUGAACUGGCCGGCUGAGAGCCCGACAUCUUGUGUCCCUGGCGCUACUUGCAAGACGGCAAAUCCGUACUACGCUCAGUGUACUCCGGUAUGA